CCAAUAAAGAUGAUGUAGCAAGCUUAGCGAUAGUUGAUUUAAACAAGUAAAUUCAUUAUUUUUGAGAUACCAGCUGAUCUCAAAGCGUAGAGCUCUGAGAUACACUACUCACAAUGCAGGCAGCCGAAACUGAGCCCAAGCGUACCAAGAGUUAUAUUUAUGAGGUAUACCGACUUUUAGAGGAAAAGCCAGGGGUUGAAGAAAUAUUAAUCAUGAAUCGUUCCGGUGUGCCGAUCAAAACGUCAAUGGAACGCCAAGACGCACUUCAACAUGCCUGUCUUUAUGAGAAUUUGCGUGAAAAGUGUCAGGCAUUUCUAUCAAAAAUGGAGCCACCACAGCUCCUGACCAUGUUGCGAGUCCGUACCAGAUUCCACGAGGUCCUGCUAACACCUGAUGGCAAGAUAACCGUUUUGGCAGUGCAAAAUCCAAAGGAUACACAUCUUAAGGUAGAGGAUCUAAAUCGUCAUUCCUCCAAUUUUUAAAUAAUUGCUCCUACAUAUAUCUACGUUGUUAGUCAUCCAACUCCUUACACGUAAAACAUUCUUCUCACUUUGUACACAGCCCAAACACAACAGACUGUUCAUUUAUGUGACUACCUGAAUAUAAAUUCAAUCAAAUAAGUAAUAAAUAGUCCUCAGAGCUUCAGCUUAAAAACAAAAUAUAUUCCAAAAACAGAUGACAUUUUCUGACCAACAGAAAGUAAAUAUAUUCUUGUACUCGUAUUUAUAAAA